AUGAUCGCAGGCAUGACUCUAAUUACGAAUUCGCUCCGUCGAGCUAAGCGGUUUCUUCGUGGAUGUUACGAUCCAUCUUCCGGCCGGCUCUCCAAGAGCCAUAUACUGGAAGCCAGAAGCAUUGCACUCCAGGAGAUGGAGGCGAACAAUACGGCCGAUCCAGGUUCGUGGCCGCUCUAUUCGGUCGAGAGCGGCAACGUCUCGAGUCGGCACGUCCGAGGCGCCGCGUAUCACGAUCACGGAAGACGGCUCAUCGGUCCGCUGCCGGCUCGAAAAAAUACUACUGCGCCGGCGGAUGGUGGCGGGCCGUAUUGCGUUAACGUCUCAUCUUCUGUGGUAGCUUUCGUGGACGAUCAAAGUAUCACUCUCAAGCUCUUCUACGAGGACAUCAUAAACGGGAACUUAGCACUGGUGCUCGAUGCCUUGAAGUUGCUUAUUGUCUUCAUGUAUACGAGUGCCCGCCAAUUCAUUGCGGAGUCCAAGUUUGAAGGUUUGGUGAAACAAAACACCGGCUGCGGCGUCGUAGUAAAUCCCGACCAGGUGCAGAAGGUAUACGAUACCAUCCGAAACGCGUUAACGCCGUUUGGACUGCGUAUCAAGUUGCGAGAUACACUCUCCGUGUUAGGCUAUCCGCUUUCUGCCACGUUAUCCCUGGGUGACUCGUUGUGGAAACUAGCGCAGCAGCGCUUGUCUUUUGCUCAGGUAAAAGUCAACAGGGUGCUGGCCUCGACCGGAUGGGAAAUAUCGGGAAAAGGCUUGCGGCUCUUACUGCUCUGGGCGUUCGUCACGCCCAUUGUGGAUCUGGUGUCUGCAGCCGUUGCGGUAUGGGACGACGUGCGUUGGGCCAAGUUUAACUACGAUUUCGCAACUGCGGCGGCGGAGGCUAUAGGCCUGCGGCCUAAUCAAAUCGCGGCGCUCCGGAGGUUAAACGCGUUUCAUAAGUCGCAACUACAUCGCGUCGUCUGCUCUUCUAGCUUCUUAGCGAUCGUGGAGCCGUAUUUAUUGGGGAUAAAAUGUGCUCGCACGGCAGCAACAAAGUUCAUCGCUUCCACCGGGUGUGCAGAACUCCUAGACUAUGCACUGAUCCAGCCGAGACAAAGUCAGCGCAUUCAAGGGGAAGAGGGCCGCUCCUUCUUUGAAGAUAUGGAUCGCGCGGACUACACCUUGAGGCAGGCCAUAGAAGACGCCAGAGCUGAACCCCUUCGGGAUACGGAAUUCGCUCACCCCCAGCCGUAUUUGCGCAGCAGACCUUUCCAUAGAGGAGAUGUGCAUAGAUGCGGCUUAGCGGCAACAGGUGUCCCCUUUCCUAAAGUGCAGAACAUUCCAGGUAGACACGUGGGAGCGUUUGGCUACUGGAAACCAAGCAUUGCGGUCCUCGCGAAUGAGUGCGGGGCGGUGGCCUACAGUGUUGCCGACGGGACACGCUGCGUCGUGACUGAGGUGGAGGAUGCUCACGCCAGAGUCUCGACUUCCGACGAAAAAAACGACGAAGACAGGUCAGCUUACGCGGUGGCCGUCAUUUUGCAGAAACUUGCACUGACUUCGCGGACAUCUCCUAGAGAGGAGCAGGAGUGUGGGCGAUAGCUUCGCCGCCCGGGGCGUCGUCGUCAUAGUGUGCGGACUUCGGUUGCACCUAGUGAAAGAGCCUCCAGCUGGGACACAGUUGUGGACGGCUU